AUGCCUCAUAAAGAGAUCACCAGGGACGAAGUUGCGAAGAAUAACACAGAGGAUUCUUUGUGGUUCGUUAUUGACUCCAAAGUCUACGAUGUAACAGAUUUUGUUGAUGCGCAUCCUGGCGGAGAAUCUGUCUUACGGCAGGUUGCUGGCACUGAUGCCACCGAAGCUUUCUACAAUCUGCAUCGGCAAGAAGUCCUCCAGAAAUACGACAACCUACGGAUUGGUACCAUCGCGGGCGAAACUUCUAAGGUCAUUCCACACAAGGCCGGGGAUUUAAGUGUUGUGCCGUACGGCGAGCCAACAUGGUUGACUCCGCAAUUCAAAAGUCCAUACUACAACGAGAGCCAUAGACGGCUCCAGAAAGCUAUGCGAGUGUUUGUGGACGAGGAAGUUUAUCCCGUAGCGCAGGAAUGUGAACGGGAAGGAAAUACAAUACCGCAGGAGUUGAUUGACAAAAUGUCCAAGAAGGGUAUUUUGCACAUGAGAUUAGGUCCGGGAAAACACAUGCAUGGAGUUGAUUUGAUGGACGGUGCGGUCAAGGGAGAGGACUUCGAUUACUUUCACGACUUGAUUGUCGGCCAGGAAAUGACUAGGGCUAAUGCUCGAGGAUUUCAAGAUGGCAACAUGGCUGGAAUGACAAUCUCACUCACAGCUGUUCUCCAAUUCGCCAAUGACGAAGAAUGGAAAAACAAAAUCGCCAAGGAAGUUUUCUCUGGUGAGAAGAAGAUCUGUCUUGCUAUCACGGAAGCUUUUGCUGGAUCGGAUGUUGCAGGAAUCCGCACCACAGCUGAAAAGACAGCUGAUGGAAAACAUUACAUUGUUAAUGGUACAAAGAAGUGGAUUACUAACGGGGUGUUUUGUGACUAUUUUGUCACUGGCGUAAAGACUGAGAAGGGUCUUUCUGUACUUCUUAUCAAGCGACAAGAAGGUCUCGAGACAAGCGCUAUUAAGACAUCUUACUCUCCUGCAGCUGGUACCGCUUACGUCACGUUCGACAAUGUUAAAGUGCCCGUCGAGAAUCUUCUUGGAAAAGAGAAUAAAGGCUUGCAAGUGAUCUUGAGCAAUUUCAAUCAUGAGAGAUGGAUGAUGGCAGGUGCUGUUAUACGUAUGUCUCGAUUAGUGACGGAGGAAUGCAUGAAAUGGAGCAAUCAACGUAUUGUUUUUGGCAAGAAGUUGAUUGAGCAACCUGUCAUCCGCCAAAAACUUGCAAAAAUGAUAGCUCACUGCGAAGCAAACCAAGCAUGGAUCGAAAAUAUCACUUACCAAAUGACUUUGAUGCCAUACGCUCAACAGGCAACGCACUUAGCCGGGCCCAUCGGUCUUCUGAAGAUGUUCAGUACAAGAUCAGCGCAUGAAAUUGCGGAUGAAGCGGUGCAGGUAUUUGGUGGUAGAGCUCUUACGCGGACAGGAAUGGGAGCAACGAUUGAGAUGUUCCACCGCACAUACAAGUUCGAUGCGAUUCUUGGUGGAGCUGAGGAAAUCCUUGGAGAUCUUGGUGUAAGACAAGCGAUGAAGAAUAUGCCGAAAAGCAUGUUGUAA